AUGGAGGCGCUUGGCGCGUCGUUGGUGCAAGGAAAGUGCCAGUCCUUCAGGCACUACGUCACUCCAUGGGCGCCGCGCCUCGUGCUAGACGAGCUGCAGCGCCAAGGCUUUGAACUCAAGGGCAUGAGCGGCAUCGGACAAACCAUCGUGUGGACGUUGUUCAGACACUAA